AUGGGAACACGAUCAGACGCUAUUAUUCCUAUUACUUCCGCGUUUCAAAGUUGGCAAAAUGUCACGCCGUUCGAAUUUGAAAAAAUUGACGAUUAUUCCAUUCCCGAUGUAAGACUAAGUUUCUCUGGUGGCGCAUAUUUCCGAGAGAACCCACGCGAUGUGAGUUACUCAUCUCUUCAGACUCAGGGAAGGAUCUAUUUCAGGGACGACAUUCCUUGGGUGAUCGGAGCACAACCUCGGAAAAUGGACAUUGAAACAGUUGCUUUGCAUGAGAUAGGACACAUUCUUGGUCUUGAAGAUAGUAAUGUUCCUUCUGCCGUAAUGUAUCCAACUGCAUCAUGGGGAGUUACCAAAAGAAAUUUAGAUGAUGAUGAUAUUUCUGGAAUUAAGGCAUUGUACAAGUUUCCUUAG